AUGGGACAACAACUAUUCAAAGUUCAUCUAGAUAUCAAUGAUAAAAUUCAAGUUGAUUCCGAAACAAUAUUAUCAAUUGCUUGUAAAGACGAUAUUAAUUUCUUUUUACCAUUAAAAUCGUCUGGUAGAAAUAUUAUCGCGUCUGAUCUCAACGUUGGUCAUCAAAUUCCCAAUGCGCACGCCGAAUCCGUGAAGGAAAUUCGUAAUGAUUUAGCUUUAUUGACGGAAUUAAUUGAAUGGCAAGCAAUGAAUACUAAAAUAAAUGACAUACUUACCAGCGAUGUUUUUACUAUUUUGUCUGAUCAGAAUAAAAAACUAAUUGCAGACAUUAACGACUAUUGGGCAUAUAAACAAUCUCUAGAAAAAUGUUUAAUGGAAAAACUUAAAGAUGACAGCAAUGACAACACAUCUAUUCUUGCAUAUUCAUUUAUUGACUACUCAUCAAGCCACGCGACCUCAUCGUCUACUAAAACUGAAGAUCAAAAAAGCCAAAAAGCCAAAUAUUUAUCGAAACAAUUGUCAUAUUUAGCUAUUCAAUCGUUAACUUCAAUCUUAUUGGUGUUAAUUAAAUCAGCUGAAAAGAACGAUCCAAGCAUUGUACAUCAUAUAUUGACAUUAGCCGGUGAAUUAUGCCAACAAUUUCCAAUGAAGUGUUUGUCGCCUGCAAACAUUUUCUUAUUCAAAUCAUUGAAACCUUUGAUAAAUUAUAUUCAUGAAUUAUCUUUGACAGAAGACUCGAUUAUUUCAAAACAAGCUACGAUUAUUUUGCUCGCUUUUUCUAUUGCAAAAGGAUCUUUCAAAGAUAUCUUAUCUCUAUUGAAUAAAUUAAUAUUUAACACAACUGAUAUUUACAAUGUUCAAGGUUUAUUCAUACAAUUAAAUAACGGCCUUGAAGAGACUCUCAACGAUGCAGAAAAGCAAACUGCUAGUAGUGAAGAAACAGAAGACACUACUUCAAUCGGUUACUUAAAAUCUAUCGGUUCGUUUCCUAAUACACAACUAACAAAUUUGAAUGAGCAAUUAUUCACCGGGCAAUUUAUUUCGUCGAUUAUUUUAUCAUAUAUCGAUAUUGAGAAUCGAGCAAAUUUGCUCACUGAAGAAAUCGAACUUAGUUCAUUUUCGUGUGAAUUUCAUCCAAGUACAUUUAAAAACUUAUUCAACAUUAUCGAACAAUUAGCAGCAAUAUUGCCAUCAUCGCAAUCGAGUAAUACAAUCAAGCAUAUUCUAACAAUAUGCUUAAGAUUAUUUUCAGCUCACAUAAAAAUUUUAUCUGACAUCAAAACCGAUAAUACUAAUAUUGAUCUAUCGAAGUUUAUUAUUGAUGAUGACUUAAAAAAAUGGUUUGACUUAUUAUUUAAAUUAGCCUGUAGUGAAAAUUCCGAACAACUCAAUAUGUCGAAAGAAGCAUCAAAAGUUCUUAUUAAUAUUAUUAAUAUUCAAUCAUCGGUAUUAACUGAAAAAAUCUCAUUAAUUCAUCAAUAUAUUGUUCAGAAUAAAUCGCCGAUAUUGACUGAACAAUUUUUAAUUGAAUUAAAUAACAACGAAAUUUUAACAAAUUGGAUAGACACGUUGUGUGAUGAAAACAAAAGAAAUUCUCUAAUCCAAAUUUUAUAUUCAUUCAUUGAUCUUUAUUUCAAUAGACCAGAUGAACAAAAAUUAUUAAUAGAAAAACUUCUGCUUUCAUUUCAGCAAAACCUCUUAUCACGAUUAAUUCAUCGCUGCGAAAAUAAAACUUUACCGAACGAUGAACUUUCAUUAUCUUCUCUUAUUGCGGAAUAUCUUACUCAUAUGUUUAAUAAUUGUCUUCCAAAAGUGUCUCAUGUAAAUAAUCUGCUCAGCUCAAUUCUUAUCGGAUUAUGUUCAAUGACAAAACUUGACGAAAUAUUUGUUUACGAAAUUGUUCAACCUAUAUUUUUAGCUGUUUUACCUUUACUAGCCGAAUAUUAUUUAAAAAAUCUCGAACAUGAAUAUCAUGAAUUAAUUUGUUAUAUCCUCGGCAAAAUGAGUCAUCUCUUAAUCAUUGGUUCACCGCAAGAUUCUCUCGAAAUAAAACAUAGCAACCAAUUGAAAUUAGCCAUUUUCGCAGGUGGAUACAUUAACGGCAAGAAUACUUCUUUAUUAAAUUCGAAUCUUGCAGUUUAUAGUAAAUUUCCAUCAGUCUAUGAGACAGAAGACGAUAAAGAUUUUCUAAUGUCAAUUUAUAAUAAUAUUGAUGACGGUGCAAAAUUAAUAUCAAAAUUGCAAAUGUCUAUAAAACAUAAACAACGUUUAUUACAAAAAUCAAUUGAACAACAAGCUCAUGAUGCUUGCGCUGCUGUAUUUGCUGUUUAUAUAAAAUUUUAUCGGCGAAUCAAUCUUGCAAAAUAUGAAUUAUCAAGAACAGAUCCAACGAAUCCACAUAAUGAACUGAUAUCGAUUUAUGAAUAUGCAAAUCAUGUUUCAACGCUAUUUUCUACCGUUAAAGCACAAGGUGGCGAUUGUGAUGAACUGCUAAAACAAAUUAAAAUGAAAACAUUAUUUCUUUUGUCGUCCGUAAAAGAAAGUAGUUUAAUACCAAUUAUAAAUGAACAAAUGCCAUCGAUAAUCAUAAAUAUGAUACCAGAUAAUACGCUCCGUUAUCAACGGCAGCAUUCACGAUGGACAAAAGCGAACCAUGUUAUUAAAUUACUUCGAAAUCUUCUUCAAGCUUGUUUUCGAUUUAGAAACUCUAUACUUAGAAAGAAACAAUUAAACGAACAGAAAUGCAAUUUCGAAAGUUUAUUACAUCACGCCAUUGAUCAUUUUAUUUAUGAAGAUUGCCAUAAAAUCUCAUCUUCAAUAAACAACGAGGAGAAACAAUCGAAAAUUGACGAAAUAGAAACAUGUCUUCGCCGUCAACAGGAACGAGCUGUCACAAGAUUGAUUGCCUAUCGAUUUAUCAGAACAUUUCUACAAAAUGUUCUCAAUGAAAAUAAUAAUAGUCAGCAUCUAACAAUUGUAUCGAUCUAUUUACCGUAUUUAGUAGAGAAUGAUUUAGAAUGGUCUUAUCUGAAAAAUAUUUCAGCGUCGAAUAACCAAUUACAAGAAGAAAUUGGUAGUUGUUAUUAUUCAAUUAUUCAACUUGUUUUAUCUUUAUGUUUCAAAUCGGAUAGUUUAUUACAAAAGCUUUUUUAUUUACUUAAUUUACCCUAUGAAAUAAUCGAUCUCUGUCAAUUAUAUCAAUAUGAAUUCGUUCAAACAUUAUUCAAAUCGUUUGUUAGUUUUAAACAAACGUCUGAACAUGAGACUUCGUUAAAUUUAAAAUUUAUUUCAUUUAAUUGGUUUCGUUUAUAUAUUUUUAAAUUAUGUGGAAACGUUGAAAUGGAAAGACAAAAAGGUAUAUUAAAUGAAAUAUUAGAAGAACAGGAAAAAUUAGCUUUUAAUACUUCAAUUUUAAAUGAAUUGAAAGAUUUAAUAAAACAAUCCAACGAAGAAUCAGCAAUAGAUUCUCAAGAACAAAAGAAAAUUUCUCUAAGCAAUAUUACCCACUGUUGGUUUAUUCAAGCAGAUGAAAACAGUGAUGCUGAUGACAAUGAUGAAUCAAGCGCUUCGCAUAAACAUGAAAUCGAACUUUAUAAAAGUCAAUAUUUAGUUCUUCUACUUCAAUGUACUUAUUAUUAUAAACACGUUUUGAUGGUUUGCGCAAAUAUUGAUUAUCUUAGAGAAUUACUUAACAUUUAUCAUAACAGUCAAUUGAGUCUUACGCGUAUACUUACUAUAAAAUUGUUGGGCUCUUUGAUUCCCCGUAUACCAGAUACUGUAGAUGAUCAAUCGAAAUAUCUCAUUAAAAAAUUCUUAACCGACGUAUUGAAUUCAAUUGGUGAAAAUAAAAUUUCAGAAGAACUGCUCGCUGAAUUAAUCUACAUGUAUCGAACAAUAAUGUCGUUGGAUUCGUCGUGGAAAAUUAUGGCAACAACAUUAGUAUUGGAUUCUGUAAAAUUAUAUUUAAAUCUGGAAUCAAUCGAACUUAAUGAUUCCGAACGAAUGAAUAAACUUCUAGCAGCAUUAUGUAUAUUAGGUGAAUAUAUUGAACCGUUUCGAUUAGGUUCGAUUGUAACAGUGAAUGCCGAUAAAAAACUAAAUGACGAAUCAUCAUUAGCAUUAAUUAUUGAAAUCGAUUCAAAUUUUGGUGAAACAGAAAAAUAUUAUCUAAUUCAAUAUUUUCAAACUCGUCAAACGGAAACCGUUUCGAUAGAUAAAUUAAAACUUGAAAUCAAUGUUUCACCGCCAAAUCUAUCAAAUUUAGAAGAAUCAUUUCUGGAUGUCUUAGGAUAUUUUAUUCAAAUUGAUACAUCAACAAGUCAAUCAUUGAUUUUAUUAGAAUUAAAACGUCGUUCGAUUUCGGUUCUAUAUAAUAUAUUAAAUGAUAGAAAAUUCGCUGAAAUUUUCAUGAAAAAACCUUAUGCAUCUACGAUUGCUAAACUAUGUGUGUGCGAUUCUUUAGAAAAAAUUCGUCAACUAUCGCCCGAUUUAGAUUUAUCUACUAAAGAGAAUUUAGAAAGAUAUUCUUUGACUUUAGACACAGGUGAAAUAUUCGAAUCUAUGACUGAAGAUGAAAGCAAGGACGUGCUAGAUCAUUCAAUAUCAACAAACAAUCACGACGAUUCUUUAUAUACUAUAUGGAAUACGGAUGACUUCAAGCCUGAUGAAUUAAUAAUGAAUAAUCUGUCAAAACCUAUAUCGAAAUCCAAUACAUGGAAACCGUAUGCAUCAGAAAUCGAAAUGGAUUUUGUCAAACAAGGUCGAUCUGGAAAGGAUGAAGUUGUCAUCGUUCCAACGCCACUCCAUUCUGUAGCGCUAGAUGCAAUUCAAGAAUGUGGAACGAAACAUCGAUUUCGUGGAAAAAUAGCACCUACUUCUCAAACUGCACGAGUCAGUUUUCCGUCGUUUAUUGCUGAUAAUUUACAAUUAAGCGAAGGAAAUUGGUAUUUUUGUGUUCGAUUACCACUUGGCGGAGUUGUUCAAAUAGGAUGGGCAACAAAUGGUUUCUCGCCGAGUAUAGGAUGUGGAGUAGGUGACGAUCGAUUUUCAUGGUCGUAUGACGGAUCACGAGCUGCUUUCUUCUAUGAAGAAGGAUUUUAUGGUCAAUAUGAUAACACUCAUUGGGGUCAAAACGCCGUUUGUGGCUGUGGAAUUGAAAUCGAUGGACUAAAUACGAGAAUAAAAUUCUGGCUAAAUGGAAAAUACUUAGGUACAGCUUUUCAACACGAUACGUUUGUUCCAUUGUCAACAAAAACAUGUAAUUUAUUACCCAAUGGACCAAAAACAAAGUUUUUUCCUGGUGUUACUAUGCAAUAUGGCAGUGAUCCAUCCAUAUACUGUGAAUUGAUAUUUAGUCCAGAAGAUAUGGAAAGUUGCCCAUUACCCAAUGGUUAUAAACCAUUAUUACUACCGAAAUGUGUUCUUACAGAAAAUUCUAUUGUCGAAUAUCCAUUUAGCGCUUAUUUAAUUGGUGAAAAUCCAGAAGAUUUCGUGUAUUCAACACGAGCAAACUCAUCCGUUGUUCUUCUACGUGAUUUUAUGUAUCAGCAUCAUCUUGAAAACAAAUUUUCAUUUGACAAUCAUCAUCUUAUUUUAUCCGAACAAAGCACUGGCUUUCCAUUAUCCAUCGAUAAUGAUGAUAUGACAUCGUUGACAAUCAGUUUUGAUUUUCAAAUAUUAACCUCGAAUGAAAAAUCUGAUAUUUUAUUAUUCAAAAUCGAAUCAACAGAAAUAAUAGUAAAUAUAACUAAUGAAACUAUACGAUGCACCAUUGUUUUCCUAGCAAAAAAACGCCGCAUUAAAGUUUAUAUCAAUAAUAAAUGUCGACUAUUCAUUGAUGCAUUUCAACGUGAAACAAUUAAAAAAUUAAAUCUAAAUCUUUUACCAACUAUUGCUGCUAAAAUACGAAAUCUUGCUAUUUGGAAAUAUGCUCUUGCCGAAGGAGAUAUUCGCCGUUUGUUUACUUAUGGUCUUUUCUAUAUCGCUGUUGAAAAUCAACGAUUGAGAGAGCACCGUCAACAGGCAAAUACAAUUUCAUUUUCGAAAAAUCAAACAAAUUUUACAGAUGAAUGCCUUAUUCCAUUCAAUGAAUCAUUCAAAGAAGACGUUUGGACGAAGAAGAAAACGCAAGCAGAUGAUAACGAAUCAAACUAUUUUAAAACAAACAACGAUAUAGACUAUUCAGUUGUUGAACUAUUGGGAAAUCAAACAUAUCUGGUUUUAGAUAAAUCAAUUGAAGAAUGGAAUGAAUAUACUAUUGUGCUUAACAUUUCCAUUUCUAAUUGGCCACUUACGAGUGAAAAAUUAACUUUGAUUAUAUUCAAUCCGAAAUAUGAACUUUACAUAACACACGAAGGUAAACUUUGUCUUGAUAGUAAUGGAAUCGUAACUGAUAGCGUGGCAACUGUUGCUCUUAAUGAUUAUGUUAAUUUAUUCAUAUCAGUUCAAGAGAAAGCUGUUAAAAUUUAUUUAAAUAGAAAUUUAGAAAUCGACGUCGAAAUCUCGGACGAUCAAUAUCACAUAAAAUCAAAUCGAAUUGACCUAUUUAGAGAAAUAGACCUAAAGAAAAACACAACAAGCGACUGCACCGUUCGAGUAUCAUUAAAAUCCAUCACGUAUCUUAAUCAUUCAAUACCAAUAGAUCAAUAUGUUGUAUCAUCAUUGAUAACGCCCUCGAUUUCAAUUCUUGGAACAAAUUUAACAGCAAUGGGCUAUAAGAAAGCAUGGAUCGAUUCAGUUAUAAAACAAUACAAUACAACAGAUAUUCCAACAAUUCAUAAGAUUUUAUACGAACAAAAAGAUCAAUUCAUAAAAUUAGAUCUUGAAAACGAGCGAAAGCAUUAUUUGACGAUUUUAUCAAAAUUAGAUCCAUUGAGUGAUGUACAAGCUUUAAAAGAUCUAAUCUACUCUUCGAAAUUGAAUACAGAUCAAUCUAUAAUAGACCUAGCAAAGCAUGUUUUCCCGCAAUCGAUCUCUUCACACGCACUGCAAACUUCAAAUAAUAGCAACAACUUUGAAUUAUACUUAGAUAAUCAAUGGUUUCCUGAAUCUGUUCAGCAUUUAAAUAUUGAUGAUAAUAUCAAUGGAUGGAUUCUCGAUAAAUCAUCAAUAGAAACUGAUCAAAAUAAUCAAUAUCAUUUAUUUGAUUUCAAUAAAACCGAAGAAAAAUCCAAGAUAAGUAAAAAAUCCGAAGGUUCAGAUAAAACGAUUUCAUCAACAAAGUCGUUAAUAUCUCGUACUGAUUGUGAACAUGGAUUGACAACAAUCUAUGCACGUUGCACCAUUCUGAACAUGAUUAAACUUUGGCUCUAUGAUCAAACAAGUUUAUUUCCUUUAGAAAAAUUUGGUGAUUUUCCAUUUGUUAUUAAAUUGUUGAAACUAUUGGAUUCGAUGCAAAUCGAUAUCGACGAAAAAGAUGAUCGCAUCAAUUUGUUAAUCAAUUCAAUCCUUAAAAGUGAAAUGAAAAACUUAUUGGAAUCGAAAAUUACCGUUGAUGAACAUUUACUAGAGAGUAAAUCUCCAUUAUUUUACCAUUUGCAAAAACAUAUAUUUAUUCAAUCGAUUCAAUUGGUAUCAAAGCCAUCUUUAUUUGAUCAAAAUUCCAAUGGAAAAACGUCUAUCAAUGAGCAGCAACCGGAUUUCGCUUUUGUUUUAAAAGUUCUCAAGUUAUUCAUGGAAUUAAUAAGAGCUAGAUCUUCUUUAGAACAAAAUCAAAUCGAAUCAAUUAUUUCAUUAUUAUUUCCUACACAAUUAAUUAAUCUGGCCUUUGAUUUAUUCUUAUUGGUUCCGGUACAUCAAUCGAAAAUAGCGAUUAUUCAUCUAUUUACUACUUUGCUUCAAACAAGUGAACAGCUGAUAUUAAAUAAUGAAAUUCAACAAUUUUUCUUUCAAUUACUCAUCGAAUUAUCAUCGAAAGCAGCAUCACUGAGCAAUUAUUCAUUAAAACAUCUUCAAUUAGCUUUAGCAGACUUUAUAUUUAUUUUAAUAACAAAACUGAAACAUCUUUCCAAUGAAAAUAGUGGGAAAAUUAAAGUUAUUGAAACGAAACUUCCUGAAAAUAUUCAAAAUUUAUAUACGAUCAUUGAUGUUAUUAAUAUUUGGACUGAUCCGAAAAGAGAAAAACUCUUACCUGAAAAAUUUCUUCUAAAAUCCGAUAAUUAUAAAAUAAGUCAAGAAGAUUUUACUAACUCGAACAAUCAUUUCAAUACCAUCGCCGAUCAAGAUCUAAUCAACUUCAUGAACAAUGAACUGUUAGCGAAUGAUUCAUUUUCAAAAUUCAUUGAAAAACUACCGAAAGAAUCACCAGCAGAUUCAACAUUCUUUAAAAAUCAUCUAUCAUUAACAAAUAUUCCAGCUGAUUGCAUUCGAAUUCGUGCGCAAUUUUUCUAUUCAUUCAAUACAUUGCUUACAGAAACUCUUUCGAUCGUCGACUUUAGUUUGCCAUUAGGAGAAAGUUUUCUAACUGAUCGUAUUCGAAUAAUAAAACCUUACUUAUUGUCGACAACAAAAUUUGGAUUAUUUCAAGAAUCUUUAGACAAUACAGAAUCCGAUCAAAAUACUGAGUGGACUUUAGUUAAUUUUGAUACAUUGAAGGCGAGUACAGAUAUUAGCAAUAGUGAAAAUACAAUGUUCUAUCAAGCUUAUCAGCAAAUGCGCAACAAUGCACAUAUUAUAUUUCGACGACCCAAUGAACAACUUUGGCAUGCACAAUAUAUUGGAAUGCAUAGUACAGAUCACGGUGGACCGUAUCGCGAUUCCAUUACUCGUAUUUGUUCGGAUAUAUGUUCUACGAGAUUACCAUUAUUUAUUUUAUGUCCAAACGGACGUACGAAUAGUGGUUUAAAUCGGGAUUGUUGGAUUCCAAAUGUUUUCCCACCGCAUGAAUCAAUAGAGAAUACAAUUACAAAACAAUAUCGUUUCGUAGGACAAUUACUCGGCAUGGCUAUAAGAAGGAAACACUAUUUAAAUGUAAAAUUUCCAAGUUUACUAUGGAAACAAUUAUCAAAUGAACCGAUUACUGUUGAAGAUAUUGAAGCUAUUGAUUCGCAAAGUUUUACAAUUAUUAACGAAGCAGAAAAGAAUAUUGAACAAAUAAGAUCAGUAACUGCUGCUGGUGCUGAGAGUGACGUUGAUUCCUUAUUUAGUAGUAUUAUGAGUGAAUUACGAUUUGAUGUUGUUAGUUCAUCGGGGCAAACCUAUGAACUUAUUCCCGAUGGUUCGAAUAUUCCAAUUACGGUAGAAAAUUUUAAACAGUAUUGUAAAUACUAUCGACAAUAUCGUCUGAAUGAAUUCAAUCGGCAAAUUGAUUUUAUUCGACAGGGUUUACAUAAUAUUGUUCCAUGUUAUUAUUUAAGUUUGUUUACUGCUAAUGAACUUGAAGAAGCAACAUGCGGAAAAGAUCGUAUUGAUAUAGAACUUCUACAGCGACAUGCUUGUUAUGGAGGCUGUUACAGUGAAGAAUCGCCACCGAUUGAGCGGUUUUGGAAAGUUCUGAACGAAAUGUUUAAUGAGGAUCAGAAGAAAGCGCUUUUGAUAUUCGCGUGGGGUAGAAGUACAUUACCGAUUCGCGAUGAAGAUUUUGACAUGAAAUUCUGUAUUAGUGAAUUCGAUGUUUACGACGGCGAAGUUGAUAAAACACUUCCAAGAUCGCAUACGUGUUUUUUUACUAUUGAUUUGCCCGCUUAUUCAACGACAGAUAUUAUGUAUGAGCGUUUAAAUUACGCUAUUUCUUCUUGUUCAAGUAUAGACGGCGAUGGCACAGUAAACGAGGCACACAGUAGUGAAAAUGGCGAUCUUUACAAUAGUUCAGAUGACGAAUAA